GGCAUAGACUCUAGUGACCUUAUCGUCGUAAAAGGAAAAUGUAACAAUCAACAAAAACUGUAUGCAGUAAGGAAACAUCAAUAAGUUUGUACUUCUAUACGAAUACACAAAGAUAAUCAUGCCAAUUCUCUACAGUGUGGUGUCAAGAGGGACCACUGUCCUCGCUAAGUUUGCCGCAUGUGCUGGCAACUUUGCUGAAGUAACAGAGCAAAUCCUUAGCAAAAUACCACCUGAUAAUUCCAAGCUAACAUACACUCAAGGAAGUUAUUUGUUCCACUAUAUAUCAGAAGACAGGAUUAUCUACCUGUGUAUCACAGAUGAUGCUUUUGAAAGAUCGCAAGCAUUUCUUUACUUGACAGAAAUUAAAAGAAGGUUUCAGGCAGCCUAUCAUGGAAGGGCGCAAACCGCAUUACCCUUCGCCAUGAACAGCGAGUUCUCAAGAGUGUUGUCUGCAGAGAUGAAACAUUAUUCAGACAGUAGAGAGGAAGGAAGUAGCAUUGCUAAAGUCCAAGUAGAGCUUGAUGAGAUUCGGGGCAUAAUGGUGAAAAAUAUAGAUAGUAUAGCUAGCAGAGGGGAACGCUUGGAGCUCUUAAUAGACAAGGCGGAAGACCUGAAUAGCUCAUCCCUAACAUUCAAGAAGACAAGUCGAGGGUUAGCACGUGCCAUGUGGUGGAAAAACGUGAAAAUCACAUUAAUCCUGAUCGCCAUUUCUAUUGUGGUUAUUUACUUCAUCGUAUCAGCAGCAUGUAACGGCCUAGACUGGGGCGGGUGUGUCAAGAAAAAGGGAUAGUUCCUCCAUUAGUCAUGACCCAUCCUUGACCCCAAACACAAAGCCCCUCCUACUAACUAAUUACACACCCUGGACCCUCCUACUACCAUGAUGCACCCUGGAACCCAGUACAGUAGGGAGAUGCCAUUCAAUCAAUUCAGAAAUAGUUCAGAAACAGGAAUCAGGGACUGUUUGAACUUAGCCAACCAAUUCUCACAUUGUUUCAUAAUCAGCAAAUACUACUGUUACCUAUUUGAAGAUUUUGUGUACUAUGAGUGCAAAUUGGGUUAUCCACGUACAGUGGUUAUAAUUGUCUAAAAAUGGUAUUUUUGUGGGGACAUCUAUAACUCGCUUGUAAUCCCUAUCACUGGAAUGAAAUCAAAUAACACAGAAGGUUGCGACAAAAGUACAAAUUAAUAAAUUAUGUUUUGUAUUCUCUUGAUAACCAUAGUGGGUAAUCCCUCUAUAAAUCUAUUGUUAAAUAAACAAUAAUCAUCUAAAAA